AGCAUUGAAUGGAACAGACGAGAGACGACGAGGACGGCUUUUGAUACCUUGUUUAUUCAUGCAAUGCUACUGCUAUAACUCGACAUGACACUCCAAGCGGCGGUUUGUUCCGCCAGACAGCUCCCUCGCGUUUCUCUUCUCACAGCUUCAUUCCACAACAUCUCCCUACAAUCAGCUCGUGCUUUCUCUACGACCCUUCCGGCACAGCGAGCAGCUACUCUGCCUGCUGAUAUUCCCCCGUAUCCAUAUGGCCCUCGGCGUACCUUCAAGCAGGCCGAUAGCGGCUUGUACGGCGGAGCUACCAUAAUAUUCGGUAACAAGAUCUCCAAGGGCCGGAAUAAGGGCAAGACACGAAGAAUCUGGAAGCCCAAUGUGCGGAAAGAGAAGGUCUACAGCAAAGCCCUGGACGAGGAGCUGGAUCUCAAGGUCACUCACCGUGUUUUGAGGACCAUCAAUAAAGUGGGAGGGCUGGAUGAAUACCUGCUUGGCGACAAACCUGCUAGGAUAAAGGAAUUGGGCAUGUUUGGCUGGAAGCUACGGUGGAGAGUGAUGACCUCGUUAGCCAUGAAGGAGAAGUUCCGGCUCGAGAGACAGGAGCUGGGCUUACAAGAGCCAGAGACCUUUGAGCAAUUCCUCGCACGACACUCGGAUCAGGAGAAGAUUGAGGCCGCCAACGAGCACAACUUGAAACGACAGCAAGAGGCACACGAGGCGGCUACACCGAUGACCGCUGAUUCGAUGAGAGAGCUGAAGACUCCUGAAAUGAGGACGAAUCCUGCUUAG